AUGGAAUCCGAUCCAGAUGUCAAUCCAGGCUGGGGUAUUUACAACAAAGCGGCAACCAUUUACAGGAAAUCUGGGAUGAAGGAGAAAGGAAUUGAAAUGCUGGAGAAAGCCGAGGGGCUCAUAACAAAGAACAAGGAUAUGGAAGCUUAUUAUUGCCUCAUCACCAACUAUGCUGCCAUGGGGGAGAAAUCUAGAGUCUUGGGGGUUUGGGAACUUCUCAAAAAGAAUGGGAAGGUUCUCAAUAAGGGAUAUAUGAAUGUGAUAACUUCUCUACUGAAAUUGGAAGAUUUUGAGACUGCGGAGAAGAUAUUUGAUGAGUGGGAAUCCCGGAAUUUGUCUUAUGAUGUCCGUAUUCCCAACAUAUUGAUUCGUGCUUACUCGAGAAGUGCUCUUCUGGAAAAGGCAGAGACAAUGGUCGAGAGGAGCUGUGAAUGGUUCUAA